GGCAGCUACGGGUACAAGCUGUGAUGUCGUGCGUUGCGCAGAGUUAUGGCGCGAUUUCGUCAACAUAAAAAGUUUGUUUUAAACUUUCAUACUAUAUUUACUUAAAGAAAAAGUUAUUCGAAUUACUUUUAGUAACUUAAGAACUGCUGAAAACAGUAUUAGGAACGAGGAAUAAGUGAAAGUUCACCGGUCAAAAUGUCGGUUAAUUCAAAGUGGCGGUUACCUGACGUUUUUUGUGUUGUGUGUUGAAUGGAUGGAAUUACGUUUAAUUCGCGGCGCGGGGAUGGGUGAGUAGUGGGUUAGGGUCUGCGAACUUGUAUCGAGAUGCCGUUCGUGCAGCGCGUGGUGGAGCCAAAGUAUCUUUCGCGAACCAGUUUGCGUGAUGAGGACGGGAAUCCAAGAGUGUCUGACGAGGAGUUGCAAGCGGUAACAAACUGCACCUUGAGCAAUGCUCUGCGUCAACUCGCGUCCCUCGUGCUGCUUGCCGAGGAUAUCUUCAGCGAGUUGACUGGGCAACUCCACGGCAUCACCGAGCGUUCCAAACUCGCACAUGCAAAAAUCGAGAAAAUCAGCGAAAUUGUCCAGAAAUAUGACCCGAAGAAAGUGCCAGUCCCGGAGGGGAGCCUGUCAGAUUUUGCGGUGCGCAAAGUCCACUACACGGUGAGCAAUCCUCUCAAAAAGAACCUCUUCACUGCUGAUACCAGACCACCAUGCCUCAGAAACAUGUACGAGAAAGCGUGCUCCGACCGUCUAUCGAAUUCAAUACUGGACCAACUACGAAGAGACGCUCAACAUUCCCCGUAUCUUCUAUGUACGCCUAUUUUAAGCACCAAAAGAAGACGUCUCUAUCAGAAGGUUGACGUUGAAAUUGAGACUCAUAUUCCAUCCGUAGUUGAGCAUCUCCGGAAAUGGACAUCGAAGGAGGCCAUAGGAGACGUGACGGCUUUACCAGAUGCCUCAAUGAGAAUAUCCAGCGGAGUCACUCUAACUCUUGACGAAUUGUCGGAAUGUGGGUCAGGUGACGAUGAACCAAUUGACCAUAGACUGCCCAGCCCCGAGGAGCAACUACGUGUCAUCGCUUCCAAAUUCCCACCGGAACUAGUCGCGAUCGACACAUCUGGCAAGUUCUUUGACAGAAUGUGCAGCUCUCGGAAGUCUCUCGUCAUCGAGAACGGCGCGGGUGAGACCGACACGGUGAAACGUAGAACACGCUCCAGAAAGCCCCGGGGUAAAAGACGCAACACCAUAUCGGGCACUGAUCAGAAAGAGCUUAGAGAGGCUAUAGCUGGCGAUUCAUCAAAUGCCGCGGCUUCCGAAGAGAUUGAAGAUAACACUGUCGUCAGAUCGCGUUCUAGCGAUUUGCUUAAGAAGAGUCCAAUCGAUCCGGUGACAAAGAAAGGGCAUUUCAACACGUUAAAACAAUGGGGAAAGAACAGGUUACGUAUGAUUGGACGAUCGCCCAGUGCCAGCAGAGAUAGUUGUAAAGAUAUUUUGAAAUCUGAAAAGAGCAAAGACACGAAAUCUCCAUCUAAACCAGAAGAUACUCAAAUACAGGAGACAGUGACGAUGCGAAAGAAGCGGCAAAGCGAAGAAGAUCGUCGAACGCAUCAGAGAUGCGCGUCAUAUUCCUCUUCGGAAAAGAGCAUAGCGCUAGCAUCUGCAGUGCAAACAACAGCGACCAUAAAUAUAGGUGUCAAACUACGAGGAACAUCGGCACAGCGCCGUUUAAGACGAUCUGGCAUUGGCAAAGACGAGCCAAAUUCGUCAAGUGGAAAUUGGUCCGCCAGCUCCGAAUCUGGGCGGACUAGUAUAGGUUCAGAAAUAACCACUACUACAGUACCCCCUAAAAGUACAACUUCAGCGGCCACUUCUAACAAUUCCCUAAACUUCCAUCACGGCCCACCGAGUUCAAUCAUCAGUCGAAGAAAAUUCCUCAAUACAUCUGGUUCAGGCAGCGUCACUAGUGAAGGCACACUUACACCUGACAUAAUUCACGACUUGCAUGAAGAUUUAGAGACUAGUUCUGAAUUCUCCUGCGACACCGAAGGGUAUUACACUUCUUUCCAUAUGGACUCAGGGUUGAAAACUUUAAAAGAAGAAGAAAUAUCUCCAUGCACUCCAAUGCAUACGAGCAAUGCUUUAUCUAAUUCAUCUAAUAGUCAAAAUAUGACUGCAGAAAAUGAAUACGAAUUGUUUGGUAAAGGAUCCACAAGUACAACGACAAGUUCUGCUGGUACAGUUUGUACAACCCUCAUGGCUGCCGGAAGUGACAGGUCUCUUGGUCCUAUCGUACCGGAAAGAAAGAGUUCCUUAUCUAAAAUUAACAGAAGCAGAGGCAGCAGCAUACAAAGUGCAAACGCGAGCUUGGACAGAAGCUUGAACUCCUCUUUUUCAAAGUCGCCUUUUAGUAGCCUAAAAUACCCUCUGCGUUCGUAUACUGAUAAACAAGUCUGCAACCUUUCCUCACCGGAAAUCAGUGCACCCACAUCAACCAUCACUAUAACGCGUAACGUCGGCAAUCACUCAGAAAUAACCGCGGUUGCUGAAAUCCAUACUGAGACUGACUUGGAAAGCGCUAAGAAAAGUACAGGAACUAGUUCACCAGAUUCUGGUCACAAUACUUCUAGCUCACCUAUUGAAGACUCUGUUUCUAGUGCUCACGGAAAAAACAGCUUGUCAGAGCAGGAUUAUUCUGAAUCCUCCGAUUUAGAAGGCACAGACCGAAUUGAAAGAAUAAGAUACAAAACUACAAUCAACAGCUCGAGGAUACCUUCCAUGUGUGUGAUUACGCCUUCAAAUUCAGACGACGAAAGUGAAACAAGCAAUAAAGAUUCUGAAUCUAACAAGCAGCAGGAUACUGUACUAGAAACUGCAGUUAAAAAGGCAGGCAGUCGUCCUAAGUUAGAUUUGCCCAUUGAGGAAAAGCCCAAAGAUGUAAAAAGUCCGACAGAAACAACCAAACCCACUGGCAAAUCCACACAAUUGAAUUUAAGAUCAUCUUUACUACCACUGAACAAUCUAAUGUGUAAACUGAAAGGAGUACUUCCACACAAAUUAUCAAUCAAAAAGUCCCCAGCUCCAAAAGAAGUUGAACCUGUCGACAGUAUUUAUGACGCUGGUGAUUACGUCACCAUAGCAGAUGUUAAAAACAACAAUCAGAAAGCAAGCCUGAAUAGAGGAAUUUAUGGAAACAAUGACGUCAUACGAAAGAAUCUUCAAACUGUACUGUCAGGAAAGCUUCCAGACACAGAAUAUGUGUCACUCAACGAAUUGCCAAAUUGUCUAAGUGAAACUAAAGAUUACCUGGAACAUGCUUUGGAUGAGAAACCAUCACCAGUAUUAGAAGAGAUACACAAAAAAGGUGCCAAAGUAACCCUUGACUCUCAUGGCCAAGUAAUAUAUUCUUCGGACACGUUGAAGCGUCGCAAAGGAGCUCACACGACUUUCGAACCGGGACCAUUUGUUCAAGAAAUCUGUCCUACAACCACCGUCAUUCAAAGAGAGACUGCUGAUGUUGUAAGAGUUGUUGAUGAGACUGAUUUCCCUUACGAACCUCCACCGCCUUCAAGCAAACCUACUUCGCCACAAUUAGGAAAGAUGAUAAUCCGUGCGCCAAUCGUGCCUGAUGGACCUGUGACUACCGAAUUUAUAACUCUUCCACCACCAAAGCCUAGUACAAUAAUAACUGCGACUCCAAUUACUGAAACACCUACGUUAUCCAGUCCAACACCUGUAGUAACUAAACCACAUGAUACCCAAGAUCAUCAAGAUCUGCCAAGGGUUGUAGAAGCUAUAACUAGGACAGGGGCUUACGUAAAUAUACACGAUGCGGAGGGCGUCAGCUUGUCACCGACGAAAGACGAUUUAGCAGACUAUCGACAUUCCAGUGCUGACAACCCCUACUUGAACAUACCGCAAAAUCUAGUCCAAAAGCGUCCAACGGUGGACUUUAACGCUAUUAACCCCACCUUACAUAGGCAUCACACUGCGCACCUCCGCGGUAGACAUGGAAUUGUGAAUUAUGAAAACCCAAGUCGACAAAAUGAGCAACCAAAGUUCUGGACACUUCCUAAAAGAAGCGCCUUUGAACAAACCGUUCCAAAACCUUUGACGGACUUAAAAACAGUUCAUUAUCCUACAAAACCUUUCAUGCCAACCGAUCAGCCUGUCACGAUCCAGGAAGAUUCCAUCAGGAUAUCUCCUAUUGAUCCUCGCACUGCCGGGCCUUUCAAAUCAUCUACUCCAUCUAACAAGGACAGCGUAGUCGACUUAAGCGCCAGAAUGUUAUCUCCAGUAAAGUCAACAAUGACCAAUGAAGAACUCUACGCAGUUAUUCACAAAAGUAAGAAGAAAUUGAACAUAAAAGACAGUGCUGAAAGAGCAGAAUCCCCUGCUUUGUCUUCCAUUAGUUUGUCUCCGGUCGGUUCAGAAACUUCUUUGUACUUGAAAGGGACUCAACGUCAUCCCGAAACUGGGUAUCUGGGAGACCCAAGGUCUAGAAUGAGUUGGUCACCAGCUGAUAAACAAAAUGUGCCUAUGUUUGCAACUGGCCCUGCAGUCGCGCAACAAAAACAAGAAACCUGUGCUGACAGACACGGACCCGUGCCUCAAACUUCAAGACUUGAUUUUAAGAAACUCCUACUCCAACACAGUGUAAAACUCAAUACCCUAAAUCCACAAAAUAUGACCAGCAAGUUAUCUGCUGUGGAACAACUAAAACUUUCCAAAGACAAAACACAGCCGCAGGCGUCGGCUGUCAAUAGAUCGCAAGUUAACAUUCUGGACCUAAGUGGGUCUCCAAAAACCUACACGCAUAGAAAAGUCAUAAAAACCAAUCCACAGCCUGCUUCACCGGGAAGAACAAGUGCACUGAUAAAAGAUCAUAAAAACACUCCUAAAAUACUAUUAUCACCCAAAUCUCAGUGGCGCUUCGCCAGUCCAAGAUCAGAUGUCCUAUCAACCCCUAUACCUGAAGCGAAUAACGAGGACGAAUCAAACAGCUCUGGUGAAAAACGUGACACUUCUCCAAACCCACCGUCAAAAACCAUUCCUAUUGUUACGAACCAACAUUUUGGAGCACGACGAAAUCUCAUUCCCAUAAAGGAAAAAAAUUUCGGAGCCGAUACAGAUUUUCAUGAUGAUCGGUUUGACAGAGGUAUAUUUCCUUUAAACACUGGAUUAUCAAGAUCAGAAAUAAUGCAAGCGAAGCGAGCAGAGUUCUUUAAUAGCCCACCAGAAGCGUCUCCUCCCAAGUUUACAUCGUUUAAAAACACAUCGACGGCUGGCCCGUCAGGUUUACGAAGCAAAAUUUCUCCAGAGAAGAGAAAUACUUCACCAACUACAUUAGAAACAGCUUUAUGAUAGUUUCUGAAUUAUGAGGUGCUUAACGUGGAUGCAUUUUCAAUUGAAGUAAUUAAUUACAAUAAUAAUUAUUAUGUAAAUAAGGCAGGUAACAUAAAUAGAAGCUUUAAUCUAGUCUGUUCUUGCUAGAAGUGCCAUGUCUAAUGGCACAAGUCGUCGUACGAUUAUAAUCAGUUUUUUAUAUAUACUUAAUUACUUAAUGUUCAUGGUAUUAAGCUCAAAAUCGUAUUACAUUGCUCUAAGGGGGCCAAUUUUGUUUGUGUUGAAUGAAUGAAUGGUAUUGGAAAACAGACGAAUAGU